AUGAAGUACUCCGUUGCUCUGGCAUUAGCCGCCACGGCUCCUGUCUUCGCCGCUCCUCAUCCUGGCAGACUUUUCGCUAGGCAAGAGCAGGCUGCCGCUGCUCUUGCCGCUGCGGCGGCGGAACAGCAAGUGGCGACUGUGUCCGCCACCGCCGAGGCCGCAGCCGAAAUCACUGCCGCCGCUGUCGCUACCGACGUAGUUGUGGCCACUGCCACCGACGACGUCGAAGUCGCCACCGCAACCGAUAAUCAGGCUUUGGAAUGCUCAGCAGUACCUUGGGCCCAGCAGUUUGGCGAGCCUGGAUUUGCCUCCAUCAGUGCAGUCCAAGAUGGUCAGGUUGAUGCUGAGCUCAUUGCGCAGCAGGCCAACGUACCAGAUGCCAUCAAGAACGACAUGAAUGUGGUUCAGGCUGUUCAAAGGGCUACCAAUGACGUGAUGGCCGCACAACAACGCGCGCAGGACGAGAUUCUCGCCUGCCAGCAGACCGCAGCCCGCAAUAUGCGCGUUGCCCAGGAGAAAGCUGCGGCCGAAGUCAGAGCUGCCCUGCAACAGGGUCUGCUCAAGGCACUGCAGGAUGCCCAAGCACAAGAGGCCGACCUUCAAAAGGCCGAGCAGGAUGCUGCUCAGGCCGAACAGGAUGCUGCGGACGCCGCGGCUGCGAAGAAGCAAGCCAAGGAAGAGGAAGCUGCUGAGGCUCAAAAGAAAGCCGAGGAAGCUCAAAAGGAAGCGGAUGAUGUCGACGCGGAAACCGAAGCUGUGGCAACCGCUACAGCCGAAGUGGACGCCGCCACCGAGACCGCUGUCGCAGAGGCUGCUGUUGUUGAGAAUGCAACUGCUAUCGCUGAAACCGCUUUGGCUCAAGAGACUGCCCUCGCCACGGCCACGGCCAUCGUGGAAGAAGCUGCCGCCGUGAACACUGCUGCCGCACUUGAGACUGCAGCUGACGAGAUUGCGAUUCAGACUGCCACUGAGGCCGCUGCAGUCGAGACGGCGGCAGCGAAUCCCAGGAAGGGUGUCCAGGCUCUCAAGCCUGAGGAGAUGAUCGAACAAAACGUGCAAGAGGAGGAAGAGGCCGGUGACAAGCUCAUUGGUGGCAUUGGUGCUGGCAAGGCUGACGGUGGCUUCUUGGGUGGUCUCUUGGACCGACUUGGCCAGAUUGGUGCGGCUCGCCCUGCUGAAUCUGCUGCUCACCCUGCCCCUCCCGCCGCCGGUCUUGCUGCAGGUGCCGCACACCCUGCAGCUCCUGCAGAGGCCGCUGUCGAGCAAUAG